GAAGAGAUUCAGGAUGAGGACCUGGCCAGCAGAAUCAUCUCACACAUAAAGACAUCAAGGAGCCUCCACAUCAUGUGCCACAUUCCAGUCUUCUGUUGGAUUUCUGCAACAGUCCUUGAACACAUGCUGGAACAUAAGAGAGAAGAGAUGCCCAAGACUCUGACUGAGAUGUACACACACCUUGUGGUGUUUCAUACCAAACAGAAGAAUGACAAGUAUCUUGGGAAAGAAGAGACAGGUCCACACUGGAAUAAAGAGAGCAUUCUGUCACUGGGAAAACUGGCUUUUCAACAGCUUGUGAAGGGCAAUCUGAUUUUCUAUGAAGAAGACCUGAAGGAGGCUGGCAUUGAUGUCAAUGAAGCCUCAGUGUACUCAGGAUUGUGCACACAGCUCUUUAAAGAGGAAUGUGGGCUGUACCAGGACAAGGUGUACUGCUUUGUUCAUCUGAGCAUUCAGGAGUUUCUGGCUGCUGUAUAUGUGUUCCUCUCAUUCAUCAACAACAAUGAGAAUCUAAUGGACAAACUGCAAACAAACGACAAGUCUGAAGUUACUGUCUACAAGAGUGCUGUGGAUAAAGCCUUACAAAGCGAGACAGGACACCUGGAUCUUUUCCUCCGCUUCCUUCUGGGCCUCUCACUGGAGUCCAAUCAGAAGCACUUACGAGGUCUACUGAUAAAGACAAGAAGCAGCUCACGGAGCCAUGAAGAAACAGUCAAGUACAUCAAGGAGAAGUUCAGGGAGAAUCCCUCUCCAGAGAGGAGCAUCAAUCUGUUCCACUGUCUGAAUGAACUGAAUGACCAUUCUCUAGUGGAGGAGAUCCAAAGCUACCUGAGAUCAGGAAGUCUCUCAAAACCCAACCUGUCACCUGCACAGUGGUCAGCUCUGGUCUUUGUGUUGCUGACUUCAGAAAAGGAGCUGGAUGUGUUUGACCUGAAGAAAUACUCCAGAUCAGAGGAAGGUCUUCUGAGGCUGCUGCCAGUGGUCAAAGCCUCCAGAGCUGUUCUGCUGUCAGACUGUGGAGUCACAGAGGAAGGCUGUGCUUCUCUGGUCUCAGUUCUCAGUUCAAACCCCUCACACCUGAGAGAGCUGGAUCUGAGUAACAAUGACCUGAAGGAUUCAGGAGUGAAGCUGCUCUCUGCUGGACUGGGGAAUCCCCACUGUAAACUGGAGACUCUGAGGCUGUCAGGCUGUCUAGUCACAGAGGAAGGCUGUGCUUCUCUGGUCUCAGCUCUGAGGUCAAACCCCUCACACCUGAGAGAACUGGACCUGAGUAACAAUGACCUGAAGGAUUCAGGAGUGAAGCUGCUCUCUGAUGGACUGGGGAAUCCCCACUGUAAACUGGAGACUCUGAGGCUGUCAGGCUGUCUAGUCACAGAGGAAGGAUGUGCUUCUCUGGUCUCAGCUCUGAGUUCAAACCCCUCACACCUGAGAGAGCUGGACCUGAGCUACAAUCACCCAGGAGACUCAGGAGUCAGACUGCUCUCUGCUGGACUGGAGGAUCCACACUGCAGACUGGAGAAACUCAAUGUGGAACAUGGUGGAGAGAACACAAUGAAACCUGGACUUAGAAAAUAUGUCUGUGAUCUCACACUGGACCUAAACACAGUAAACAGACUCCUCUCUCUGUCUGAGGAGAACAGAAAGGUGACAUGUAGGACAGAGGAGCAGCCGUAUCCUGAUCACCCAGAGAGAUUUGAGGACUGUGAACAGGUGCUGUGUAGAGAGGGUCUGACUGGGCGCUGUUACUAUGAGGUAGAGUGUAGUGGGAGAAGGGCUGGUAUAGGAGUGACAUAUAAAGGAAUCAGCAGGAGAGGAGGGGUUAAUGAUUGUGGUCUUGGUUGGAAUGACAAGUCCUGGAGUCUGUUAUGCUAUGACAACCGUUUCAUUGCCUGGCACAAUAAUAAUCCCACUACCAUAGACGUCCCCUCCUCCAGCUCCCACAGAUUAGGAGUGUAUCUGGACUGGCCAGCCGGCACUCUGUCCUUCUAUAGAGCCUCCUCUGACACACUGACCCACCUGUACACAUUCACCUCCACAUUCACUGAGCCCCUCUAUCCAGGGUUAAGGGUUUGGGGUGAUGACUCCUCAAUGUCCCUGUUAAAUAAUAACCUGUAAAUAAUUGCCAUGGUAACAGUGAUACAAACACACACACACACUGGACACACACACACUGGACACACACGCACUGGACACACACGCACUGGACACACACUAGACACACACACACACACACAUGACACACACACAGACUGGACACACAAACACACACUGGACACACACACACACACGUCUUCCUAUAAUAGUGAGGACCUUGACACAGGACCUUGACCUUCAAAUGAGGACCAUCAUUUCUGAUAGAAAUGGGAACAAACAGACACAUCAUUCCAGCACCAAGUGGUCCCACAACCACAGAGGUGAAAAUAUUACAGGAAUAUUCUGCAAAUGUUGAUGAAGACGUCACUCAAUCCACCCAAAACAACAUGCAGUCUUUCCACAAGACUCCCAUGAAGUUAUAGUGUGACGUUAUGAGUUGACGUUAAAGUAACAUUCUCAGAACAUACUGCACUUGUUUUAUACUGUUUUAGAUGGAUCCUCUGUUUAUCAUCUUGUUUUAUACUGUUUUAGAUGGAUCCUCUGUUUAUCAUCUUGUUUUAUACUGUUUUAGAUGGAUCCUCUGUUUAUCAUCUUGUUUUAUACUGUUUUAGAUGGAUCCUCUGUUUAUCAUCUUGUUUUAUACUGUUUUAGAUGGAUCCUCUGUUUAUCAUCUUGUUUUAUACUGUUUUAGAUGGAUCCUCUGUUUCAACAUUUAAACUCUUAAAUGUAAACAAUUUAAACAAUAACACCGUUAAAAUAAAUGUGAUCAUUUGUUGUACGUCUUUUAUGUUGAAUAACAAAUAGUACAAUUAUAUAUGGACAUACGCUCCACAUACACUGCUGAUGUCGCAGAAAGGCCAUAAAGAUCAUCAAGGACAACAUCCACCCGAGCCACUGCCUGUUCACCCCGCUAUCAUCCAGAAGGAGAGGUCAGUACAGGUGCAUCAUCACCACCCGAGCCACUGCCUGUUCACCCCGCUAUCAUCCAGAAGGUGAGGUCAGUAUAGGUGCAUCAUCACCACCCGAGCCACUGCCUGUUCACCCCGCUAUCAUCCAGAAGGCGAAGUCAGUACAGGUGCAUCAAAGCUGGGACCGAGAGACUGAAAAACAGCUUCUAUCUUAAGGCCACCAGACUGUUUAUCAGCCACCACUAACAUUGAGUGGCUGCUGCCAACAUACUGACUCAACUCCAGCCACUUUAAUAAUGGGAAUUGAUGGAAAUUGAUGGGAAAAAUGCAUCACUAGCCACUUUACAAUGCCACUUAAUAUAAUGUUUACAUACCCUACAUUACUCAUCUCAUAUGUAUAUACUGUACUCGAUACCAUCUACUGCAUCUUGCCUAUGCCGCUCUGUACCAUCACUCAUUUAUGUAUGUUUAUGUACAUAUACUUUAUCCCUUUACACUUGUGUAUAUAAGGUCAUUGUUGUGAAAUCGCUAGGUUAGAUUACUCGUUGGUUAUUACUGCAUUGUCGGAACUAGAAGCACAAGAAUUUAGCUAAACUCGCAUUAACAUCUGCUAACCAUGUGUAUGUGACAAAAAAAAAAUAUUUUAGUUUAUUUAGUUGUACAAGUAUACAAGAAGAUAUUGUAUUUUUCAUAAUAAAACAUAAUUGAAACAAGAAAAGGCA